AUGAACAGAAAGGACUUACAUAGGUUGUUUAAGGAAACUCCAUGUGUAGAGCCAGUCAUCAAUCUAAAAAGAUCAAACAACUCCCUGGAAAGAAUUUAUGGUAAAAAACAUCGUCGUCAUCAAAGAAGUGAGAGUUCGACAAAUGAGAAAUCACCACAACCAAAACCUCAACCACAAUCAUCAAAUCGUAUUUCUGAUAAAGUGAAAUCUGAACUAGGAUCUGAACUAGUAAAUGAAUUCAAAGACAACGAAAGUAAUAAAUUUCAUUUAGAAAGUUCUCAUAGUUAUGAAAAUCCACUAGCUGAUAAAAUUUCUACACCAAAUCCAUCUUUACAUGAGUCAGGUUCUUAUAAAUACAAGACAUCGAAUUCAUCAACAUGGAUUCCUAACACAAUUCAUCCCUCUUCUUUAUCUUCUCAUUGUAAUUCAGGGCAAACUUUGCCAAGAUAUACACUCCUACGAGAACCUGAUGAAUUUGAUCAAUAUCUGUCUGAUGAUUCACAAGAUAAUCGUUUACUUCCAGAUAUUGAUUCACCUAUCCUACACUCACCAAUACUCAACAAACCAUAUGAAAACCGUAAUAUAAUGAAUUCACAUUUUAUAAAUAAUGAAUAUUUAGAGGAGAAAAUCUCUGGACUUUCUCAAUCAUGUAUAAAUAUUAAUCCAUAUGAAUUAUACGAAAGUCAACUGAAUGCACAACUAGCAAAAUUAAGCAUUCUACAUGCUCAACAAUUAAACAUUCAAGUUUUACUCGAACGAGAAUGGUUGAAAUUACACAAGAUUAAUUCAAUGAAAAUGGCGAAAUAUGGAUACAAUGAUGUUGCGAAAAAUGAAAACUACAAUUCGCCUCAAUUGCCAUUCAAUCCAAGAUAUUCAUAUGUACCAAAGUGUUCUGAAAGAUUUACAAUUCAUUCACCUGAAAUAUAUCAUAUGAAUGCUUUGAAAAAUCCUCGAGAUUAUGCAAGCAAUUUAAACAAACAGUUUAGAUCAGUUGACUGUGGACUGAAUAAGAACUAUACUGAAUUAAUUAAUGAUAAUAGAUUAUUUAUAUCUGAUACACUGCAAGAAAGAACUAGUAAUAAUAAUAAUAAUAUCAUUGAAGAUGAUACAUCUCAAGUUGGUCGUAAACAUGUUAAAUUUUCACCGAAUAAUAAUAAUAAUGAUAUCGUUAUAUCGAAGACAAGAAAUUCUGAGCAUAAAUUGAAUGUACCUAUACCUGGUACUAGACAACAUCACUAUCUCCAAGACUCAUCUUUUGCCCGAUUACAUAUUUCACCAAUAAAUAAUUAUUCUAAUUAUCAAAAAACAACUUUUAAAGAAUCUUUACCAUAUGAAUCAGAUAUAACUCAUCUGUCCAAAAUGAAUCACAAAAAAUCCAUAGCGAAGGUAAAUUUAACAAGUGAACAUAGUCAUUCAUAUUUAUCAAAAGAAAAUGAUGAGGAUUAUAGUUUGCAACAACAUAAAUCAUUUCCACUGAAUCAGCGUUCAAUAGAACCACUUCAAUUUACUGAUAAUACUACUGGAAAUAAUAAAAGUAAACUGAGGAUAAUUCCAGAUAAACAGAAUUAUAAAUCUACAAAAUUAUUUACUGGUGCAAGUUCUGAUCAUUCAUUUUCCAGAAAAUCAUCAUCAUUAUACUUGAAACCUGGUAGUAAAUUGAAUUCAUUACUGAAUCUAUAUGAUACAAGAUUUUUACAACAGAAAACUAAUAAUCCACCUGGAAUAUUUCAGUUACGUAAAGCUGCAUCACAGUCUUGUAUCUAUGAUAAAGCUUUUAAAUGCGAAGAUUUGAGCAGACAUGAUUAUUCAGAAAAUAAUUUAUCUAUUCAACAAGAGAAUGAUUAUAGUAGUAGUAUAAGAUCUUCAAUUGAAUCACUUGAUCAAGAAAUUUUAGAUUUAUGCUCUAAUGAUUUAUCAUUACAAUCAAAUAAUAUUAAUAAAAAUAUUAUUAAUGAUCAACAAUGUUUACAUGGUUUAAGUCAAAUAGUUAAUUCACGUUUUCUUGAUCGAGUUCAUAAACUACCUAAACAUAUUGAAGUUGAUAAAGAAAAAGACUAUGAAAGAAGUUCAAGUUCAACAAGUCAUUUAAGUUUUUCAAGUGUUAUAAACAAUGAAAAUAAUUGUAAUGUAGAUAUAAAACCAAUAACUAGUGAAAUACAAGAUAUUUAUAUACCAACUAAUCAUCCUACUGUUAGUUAUCCUAAUCAUAUUUCGACUAAUGAUAACAAUGAAUCAAAUAAAUCACUUUGUCAAGUGGAGAAAGAUAAUUAUCGUGUUAUACUCCUACAUAAAGAAAAUAAUAAGAUAAAGGAUAAUCGUAAACAAAAAUGUCUUAAAAGUAAAUCAUUUGAUGUUACCAAUUCUAAAAAUUCAUCAGAAUCACAUAUCUCUACAAUGAAGAUGUCGAAAUCAACAGUUAAUAAUCUAGAUAAAUUUAACCUCAAUAUGAGUGAAAACAACCUGAUUGCUUGUAAGACAGUUGCAUUUGCUUCUGAUGAAAUAGCCAGUGAUGUGAAUCGACCGAAUAAUACUACUGAAUUGGAUUCAACUCGUGAUUCCGGUAUAUCAUCAGUAUCAAGAGAUAUGACAAUAUCAAAUGGUGUGAUAUAUCUGCGUAAAGAGGUUAAUCAUAUGGUUCUUGGACCAUGUAUUAAUCCUGUUUGGAGUGUUUGCGAUACUUCAGUUGAUCGUGACCAACUGAAUGCACCCACAUGGUUAGCUGUAUGCAUUGAUGAAAUAAAAGUUCUUGUUUAUGAUUUAUGGACGCAUAAUUGUUUAAUUGAAUUUAUGAAUCAUGCCAUCUCUUCAUCAAGUUGUGUAGUUCAUAUAUUUCCAAUGUAUCCAAUAGAUAUAUUUGAGAAUAGAAAAUCAAGACAUUUUGGACUACUAUGUGUUGUUCAAAAGAAUGGAAUUCUAACACUUUAUGAUAUUGCCAGUGAGAAUAUGGCUGGAAAAAUCUCCUUGGAAUCUGAUAUAUAUUGUGCAAGUUUAGUUCCUUGUCAAGGUAAAAUAAAUACAUAUUUACCUCAAGCUAUACUAAGCAUUGAAAAUUCUGGUUUAUUAACUAUAUCUCAGUGGAAAGUGAUGAAUUCGUCUAAAAAUUUUAAUGCAAGUGAAUCUAUCCUAUUUGGUGAAACAUUAGAAACUGGAACAAACAUUUUCAAAGAAAUAUCACGAAAAGGAGAACCUGUUAAUUUCAAUGGGGAUUCAAAAACUUACAUGAAUAAGAUUAACAGCCACUUGUUAUCAUCAACAGGAUUUUUGUCAAAUCAUGUCAACAAAAAUGAAUUUAACUUGAUUACAGCUUCAUAUGAAUGUACAAGAAGAAAAAUUAUUCGUUUGACCAGUUGGCUAUGUAAAUCCAAAGGGUUGUGCAAUACAGUUUCAUAUAACAAAAUCCUCUCAAACGAUCCAAAUGGUAAUUUAAUCGAUAUAUCAGUUGCUGAAAGUGGAUGCUCUGGUAGUCUUUGUAUUUGUUUUACCAGUGAAGUAUUUUGGCUUAGUUUACAUACUUUUGAUAUACUCUCCAAAUUCAAAUUGCCUUCAUUUAUGAAUCCAAUUGAAUGCUUAUCAUCUUCAUGGCCACAACCAGCUGAUCUAAAUAAAGUCCAACACAGACGCAAUUGGCUAUGUGUGAAUAAAAAUCGUCUAUUAGAAAUAUCUCCAUUUGAAAGUCAACGUCGGUUAGACGCUAAAGGUCGAGCGUGUUUAUUAGUGUGCGCUAUUGGACCAACAGAUUCUCGAAUAACAACAGUUGCAUCAGGUUUGGGUAUAGCGCCUAUAAUUGCAACUGCCUUGGAGAAUGGUGAAGUUCAUAUCACACUGGUUCCUGAAUCUUGUUUCAGCUGUAUGAUUGAUUUUUGUCCACUUGGUUUUACAAACAAAAGUGAUUUGGUAUAUCAUGUUGUACGAGAUCAUUAUUUGAGUGAAUCGAUCGAUGGAUUUCGAUGCAACUGGUCUUCUUGUGAUCUAUGUCUUCCAUUGAACAGUUCACAAUUCAAUUCAGAGAUUUUAGAAGAACAUGCACGUCAGCAUGUAUACUCCUAA